AUGGUUUUCAUAUCAGAAAAAGAAGUUGCUGAACAUAAUACAUAUCAAGACUGUUGGGUAAUAAUACACAAUAAAGUUUACGAUUUGACUAAAUUCCUUCCGGAACAUCCUGGUGGUGUAGGUGUGAUUCUUGACCAAGCUGGUAAGGAUGCGACAACUAUUUUUGAUACAAUCCAUCCACAAGAUAUAAUUCUGCGUUAUUUAUCUCCUGAUGUUUGUCUCGGGGAAGUCGACCCUGCAACUGUGUCCAAAACCUCUAAUGUAGAAGUUAAACGACAUUAUGAACCGAUUAAAAAAAAACCACCAUUAAAUGAAAUAUUAAAUUUAUUUGAUUUUGAAGCUGUGGCUUCUCAAUUAUCGGCUGCUGAAGCUUGGUCCUAUUUUAGUUGUGGUGCAAAUGAUGAAAUCAGCUAUCGUGAAAAUCAUAAUGCUUUUCAUCGUAUUUGGCUUCGUCCUCGAGUCAUGAGGGACGUAUCUCAUAUAGAUAUGAGCACAAAAAUUCUUGGUCAUGAUUCUUCCUUUCCAUUAUAUAUUACAGCUACUGCAAUGGCAAAACUUGGUCAUCCUGAAGGUGAAGUUCUUUUAACUCGUGCAGCUCAUUCGCAUGGCAUUAUUCAAAUGAUACCUUCUUUUGGUUCUUGCUCAUUGGAAGAAAUGACAAGUGCUCGUGAAAAAGGGCAAAUUCAAUUUUAUCAAUUAUAUGUAAAUAAGAAUAGAAAUAUAGCACGGAAAGUUAUUCAAACCGCUCAGGAAAAUGGUUGUAAAGCAUUUUUUAUUACUGUAGACGUUUCAGUGAUAGGUCGUCGUGAGAAGGAUAUGCAAAUUAAAUAUGAUGGUGCUCUGCCAAAUAUUAUAGAUGAAAACAAUGAAAACGAUAAUUAUCUAAGACGUGAUCAAGGUGCUUCAGGAGUUGCUGCUUCUCUUAUAGAUCCGAGUUUUAAUUGGAAUGAUCUAAAAUGGAUCAGGUCUAUUACAUCUUUGCCUAUUGUCAUCAAAGGUAUUCAAACUUUAGAAGAUGCAAUACUUGCUGCUGAAUAUGGUUGUGAUGGUAUAGUACUCUCAAAUCAUGGAGGACGUCAACUUGAUUUUGCCCCUUCUGCUAUAGAAAUCCUUCCGGAAGUUGUCGAAAGUUUAAAGAAAUUAGGUUUAUUUGAUAAGAUCGAGAUAUACAUUGAUGGUGGCAUUCGUCGUGGAACUGAUAUUUUUAAAGCUAUUGCUUUGGGUGCAAAAGCUGUUGGGCUUGGUAGACCAUUACUUUAUGCUAUGUCUUCUUAUGGACAGGUUGGUGUUGAGCAUGCUUUACAAAUAUUAAAGGAUGAAUUGGAGAUUACAAUGCGUCUAUCGGGUGCGAAUACGCUUGCAGACAUUUGUCCUGAGAUGGUUGAUAUUAAAAAUCUAACCAAUCAUUCGAUUACACCCAAAGAUUAUUUGUCUUCUAAAGUGUACAAAAGGCUUGUUCCUAGACGAAGUAACUUAUAA